GCCUGCAGCCAGCAGCCGGCCCUCAAACCGCCGAGCGGGGCAGCGCUUAAGCAGCCGGCGGUAGUUUAUCCCUGGAUGAAGAAAGUCCAUGUUAACUCGGUGAAUCCCAAUUACAGCGGAGGGGAACCUAAGCGCUCCCGAACAGCUUACACCAGACAGCAAGUCCUAGAACUGGAAAAAGAAUUUCAUUUUAACAGGUACCUGACUAGGCGCCGCCGCAUUGAGAUAGCCCACACUUUGUGUCUCUCUGAGCGCCAGAUCAAGAUCUGGUUUCAGAACAGAAGAAUGAAGUGGAAAAAAGAUCACAAACUGCCCAACACUAAGGGCAGGUCUUCUUCCUCUGGUUCAAACCCACAUUUACAGACUGUUUCCAAGGACCGUCAGACUGACUUGACAACUGGCCCGCGGGCCUCGGCGAGCGCAGCGAGCAAGAUGCAGAAAGGCGCCUACUACGACAACGCAGGGCUCUUCGGGGGCUACACGUACAGCAAGGCCGACACGUACCCGUACAGCGCGGCCCACCAGCCCUACGGCCAGGCCGGCCUCGAGGGCGACUUCCCCGGCGCCGCGUGCUCCCCCGUCUACGUCGGGGGCAACUUCGUGGACUCCAUGCCGGCCUCCGGGCCCAUGUUCAACCUGGGCCACCUCUCUCACCCCUCGUCGGCCAGCGUGGACUACAGCUGCGCCGCGCAGCUGCCCGGCGGCCACCACCACGGACCUUGCGACCCGCACCCCACCUACACGGAUCUCACGUCGCACCACACGUCUCAGGGACGCAUCCAGGACGCGCCCAAGCUCACGCACCUGUAG